AGAUUGCUUCCCCUGUGGAUCAAGAAGACGAGAAAUGAUUUUGGAAAUGCUAAACCCAAUGCAUUAUAACAUCACCAAUAUGGUGACUGACGUAAUGCCUGUCACCACCAUGCCAGUUCUGCUGCUCACUGGCUUACUUCUCCUGGUUUGGAAUUUUGAGGGCACAUCUUCAAUCCCAGGUCCUGGCUAUUGUUUGGGAAUUGGCCCCGUCAUUUCACAUUGCAGAUUCCUGUGGAUGGGAAUUGGCAGUGCCUGCAACUACUACAACAGGAUGUACGGAGAGUUCAUGCGGGUCUGGAUCUGUGGAGAGGAGACACUCAUCAUCAGCAAGUCCUCAAGUAUGACCCAUAUUAUGAAGCAUAGUCAUUACAUCUCCCGAUUUGGCAGCAAAUUUGGGUUACAGUGUAUCGGCAUGCAUGAAAACGGCAUCAUAUUUAACAACAAUCCAGCCCUCUGGAAAGUGAUUCGUCCUUUCUUCAUGCAAGCUUUGUCUGGCCCCAGACUUGUACGAAUGGUGGCGAUUUGCGUCGAAUCCAUCAAAACGCAUCUGGACAGGCUGGAGGAGGUCACUACUGCAUCUGGCUAUGUGGACGUGCUGACCCUCAUGCGACGCGUCAUGCUGCAUGCCUCCAACGUACUCUUUUUGGGGAUCCCCUUGGACGAAAGUGCCAUUGUGGUUAAAAUCCAGGGUUAUUUUGAUGCCUGGCAAGCUCUGCUUCUCAAACCAGACAUCUUCUUUAAGAUUUCUUGGCUCUACAAAAAAUACGAAAAGUCUGUCAAGGAUUUGAAAGAUGAAUUCGAAAUUCUAGUUGAAGAAAAGAGACACCAGCUUUCUAUGGCAGAGAAACUGGAAGACAGUAUGGAUUUUGCCACUGAGUUGAUUUUUGCCGAGAAACGUGGUGACCUGACAAAAGAGAAUGUGAACCAGUGCAUAUUGGAAAUGCUGAUCGCUGCGCCUGACACCAUGUCUGUUUCUGUGUUCUUUAUGCUAUAUCUCAUUGCAAAGCACCCUAAGGUUGAAGAGGCAUUACUGAAGGACAUUCAGACUGUUCUUGGUGAGAGAGAGAUAAGCAUUGAUGAUAUACCAAAAUUAAAAGUGGUGGAAAUUUUCAUUUACGAGAGCAUGAGGUACCAGCCUGUUGUGGACUUGGUCAUGCGCAAAGCUUUACAAGAUGAUAUCAUCGAUGGCUACCCAGUGAAAAAGGGAACCAAUAUUAUCCUGAAUAUUGGAAGAAUGCAUAAACUUGAGUUUUUCCCAAAGCCCAAUGAAUUUACUCUCGAAAACUUUGCAAAGAAUGUUCCUCAAAGGUAUUUUCAGCCAUUUGGCUUUGGGCCCCGUUCCUGUGCUGGAAAGUACAUCGCCAUGGUUAUGAUGAAGACCAUCCUGGUUACACUUCUCAGACGGUUCCAUGUGAAGACAAUGAAAGGACAAUGUAUAGAAAACAUGCAGAAAAGAAAUGACUUGGCCUUGCACCCGAUUGAGACUGAUGCCUUGCUGGAAAUGGUUUUUGUCCCAAGAAAUUCUGACAAGUACCUCGAACACUGA